AUGACUGCACAUGGCAAGAACGACGACUAUGAAGAGACUCUUCUCCAGACGAAUACGAAAUUGGCAGAAGAAGCAAAGAAUGGUAAUCAUGACGGCAAUCCAUCCGUUUCGGACGACGACGCAUCAAACUCGAUCGACGCCAUCAUUGACGCGAAGAGUUACGACCCUGUACUGACUCGAAAGAUGGCUCUCGUCAACUCGGCCAUUGAUGGAAUUGGCAUAAGCCGCUUUCAAUGGAAGCUAUCUUUCCUCAACGGGUUUGGCUAUGCCGUUGAUUCUUCGCUCAUCGUUUGCCAGUCCAUUGCGAACCCGGCGGUGCAGCAGGAAUAUGGCCGGCCGACAGCCCGUAUCGUGGGGAUCCCCCUCGGCUCCCAAGUCGGACUGCUGCUCGGCGCCGGGCUUUGGGGCUUCUCUGCCGACAUCAUCGGUCCAAGGUUUGCCUUUCAGACCAGUCUCUUUUCCUGCGCCAUCUUUGUCGCUAUCGCCGGUAGUAUGCCUGGCUACAUUUCCUUUGCCGCCAUAGGGGCAAUUUACUCGGCCGGCGCCGGAGGUAAUUACAUCAUCGACACCAGAAGCUUUCUCGAGUUCCUGCCCACCUCGCACUUGUGGCUGAUUUCGUUCAUGGCCUGGUGGGCGGUCGGCUAUCUCGUCACCGGGCUGCUCGCCUCGGCCUUUAUGAGCCGCUUCAACUGUCCGCCCCCGCAUGGUGUCGCGCCGCAGAGGUGCGCUCGCGCGGACAACAUGGGCUGGCGCUACCUGCACUUCACCUGUGGCGGCCUCGUGCUCGUCGCGGCCCUCGCGCGCAAGCUGCUCGUCAGGAUGUCGCACACCCGUGACGAGGAGGUGGUGACGGCGGUCGACGCGGUGGCGGCGCAGGCCAGGCGUCCACACAGCCUGACGCUGGCCCUGGCCGAGGGCGUCACACGGCUGCUAGCGUACUCGACGACCAUGAUCUUUGCGAAUUGGUUCGUCAUCGGCAUGGUGUCGCCGCUGUACUCGGUCUUCCUCCCGUUCUCUCUGCAGAGCAGGGGCGCGGACACGGGCGAUGGCUCGAAUCACCAGACGUGGCGAGACUAUGCCGUCAACCAGACGGCGGGGCUGAUUGGCCCUAUUAUCGCCGCCGUCUUCGUGGAAAGCAGGCACUUUAGGCGAAGAGAUACCCUGGCCGUCGGUGCGUUGAUUACCAUGGUGCUUCAGUUUGGCUAUAUCCAGAUUGACACCGAGCCUCAGAAUCUUGGCAAUCCCGGCCGCCACUACCGCCGCCUCGUGAACAUUACAACCCCCCACCCCUGA